UCCUUCAGAAUGAUGUGGAAAUUCGCCAAGUAUUUUGCUUACGGCUCGACCUGCCUCGCUGUGACGCUAUACAUAUCAUGGAGAGGUGUCCAUCAGUGGGUUGAACGCUACGAGCUUGCUUCUUCACCCCACUCUCAGGAUCCUUACGAAUGGGACAAGGAAGGUGUUCGGUGGACGGGACAAGGCCAGAAAGGAGGGACAGACCCAAGACUAGGAUGGAGAGGAAGGAGUCUCGUUCGAGGAGCUUGGAUGGCUCUGAAUUGGGGUUCAGGCCUGGAUUCAGGUGUCAUAGACGCAACAUCCACUAAUCCAGAUGCCCCAAUUUUUGACAGGCGUCUUGCUACAGCACUUUAUCAAAUAUCCACAGCCGUUCGAAUUGCGAAGGGUAUCCCAGUGCUCAAUCGCUCGGAUGGGACAAUGGAUCCAACCAUGCUCGAUCUUCGUACUAUUGAAGCGGGGGUGUUGGAGCGUAUAGGGAGAGAUGAUACGCUCGAAGCUGCGAAAGCGGCAUAUGAAGAACUUCAGAGCGCUUAUAUGGCUGAGAAGAGAGUUCCUGAAGCCGCACGCACCGCUGUAAAAAUUGGUGACGUUACAGCUCGACUUGGUGACGUGGAGGAGGCUCUCACUUGGUGGAAAAAUGCGCUCGAGCUCUCUGGACAUUCCUAUCCAGUGUCAACAGACUCUACUUCUACUUCUGCCACGCCUUACGUCCAGAGGACCCUCACCUCCGCCAUAAUAUCCCUAUCAGGCUACCUCUCGGCCACACGAGACCUCCAAAACGCUCUUGCGCUCCAAGUCAGAGCACUCAACAUCCUCCCACAUUUCCUCUCGCCAUUCAACACACCUAUGUCACCAGCUACCAUUGACCAAGUCCUACAUGAGCUUCACUUAACACAUCGCGCAGCUGUAAUUCAAACACAUCUGGCAGAAGUUCUGUAUGCUUUGCGAACCCCUUCCUCCACUGGUUUCUUCACUAGAUCGAAGGAUUCAGGUUCAUCUGCACCAAUAACCACCCCACUUGCACUCCUUCAGAAUGCCGCUUCAAAAAUAGAACAUAUCAUCCAAGUCCUGACCUCUCCAACUUCCAAUCUUAAAUCCCUACCUCCCUUGAAGCCAUCUUCCCUCCCACUCCUUCCCAUUUUCUCCACCUCCCGCUCCCUAGCCUACCCUUCCACCACGCUCCUCCGCCAAUCUAAACGCUCAACCACGUAUGCCCUAAACCUUACAGCCCUGCUCCUCGAAGAACUCCACAAAUACGAGGAGAGUCUAGAGGAUUUCGAACGGGCGUUAGCUUGGGCGGGUGGAGUGGAAGGGUACGAUGAAGAAGUUCUCGAGAGGGAAUGGAAAAGUGUUUGGAAAGGGUACGUCAGAGUUAGAGAAAGGGUU